CGCGCCCACGCGGCUGCUGCUGCUGCUGCUGCUGCUGCGCAGCCCCACGAUGCACGCGCUGCUCGCGCAGGCCGCCCUGGAGUCGCCGCCCGGGGUGCCCGUGGCCACGCGGCUGUCGGUGCUGCGCCGCGUGCGCGACCUGGUUGAUCUGUGGCAGGACACCGUGGCGCCCGCCGUGGCGCCCGCCGUGGCUCCGCCCUCCCCAGCGGACCCGCUGCCAUCUUUGGGCAGCACCCGCGUGGCGCUUGACUCGCAGGAGUUCGGCGAUGUUGAUUGUGCGGACCUGAUGGCUGUGGCUAUGGAGGCCGAGGAGCUUGACCGCCGCGCUAGCUUUGCGCCCAUCGACCGCGCCAUUCUCCACGCCGUCCACCUGCUGGUGCCACAGCUGCGCCGCCAGAUCCUCUCCGGCCUGUCCACCGCCACCGCUGCUCACCGGAUGUCGCCUCGGCCCCUCGACCAUCUUGUGCACUUGCUCUGUCGCUUGGUCGCCGUGUGUGUUGCGGGGGGGCUGCGCACGUGGGAGGGUUUUUUGGACGAGCAUGGCAGAGACACGCUUUACCUGGUGCCGGAUCUGCCUGGCCGUCGCCGGGUGCUCGUGGUGUUUUGCCUGGCCAUUUUUGACUCGCUGCAUUCGACCGCUGCGGUAGCAGGGGGGGCGGCGGAGCCAAUGCAGCCUGGGCUUGUCUGCUUGCUCGUCGAUGUGUGGUUCGAGUGUGUAUGCGACGCAAGCCUGUAUUUCUAUGUUCGCCGCUUGUCCGCUCUGCUGCAUUGGGCUGGUCUUCGUCAGCCAAACAUGGGGGGCGCCCUGAAUGUAUUCAGCACUCUGCCCCCUGCAGUAACCACGUUGGUCGAUGGGGUGCAUGGCUGGUUGAAGAUUUCCCCGUGGAAGCUGCCCUCUGAGAAGGAGGGCGAGGGCGAGGGCGAGGGCGGGGCUGAUGAGGUUGUCGCCCUGGUUGCCAUUGUGCUGCGCCGGAUGUCCGCCGCUAGCUCAGGAGCCUGUCCGCUGCAGCCGGGGCCGCCGUCGCUGGCGCUUGUAAAUAUAUUUUCAACCUGGGUCGCUCGAUUGCUUGCUACGCUGAGGCACGUGCAGGAGUGCUCCUCCCGCCUGUCUUUUGGCUUCUCGGAUACUCGCCACAUUGUUGAUGCGAUGGCUGGUAGAAUCAUCAUUUGCGUGCGCGAUCACUGCUCGCACCUCCCAUUGCCGCCAAGCCUAACUUCUCUUUAACUUGCCGACUAAUAUUAAAUAAAUAAAUAAUGAAAAUUGUUAUUUAAAUAGUAAAAUAAUGAAAGGGGUGUGUUUUUUUUACCUUGGCAUUCUAAUAUAGAAAAUAAAGAAGAGAAAUUCGCAAACAAAAUGUUUUUUUUAAAAAAAGAGAGAGAGAGAGAGAGAGAGA